AUGCAUAAUGUGACACAAGUAGUAUUGGCUUUGCUCAAGAACGUAAAAGGAUCAUCAUAUUGUCAGCAUUCUGGAUUUGAUCCAUUUGAGAUCUGUUUCAGCAUUGGAAACGCGCUUUAUUUUGAGGUUUUAAAGGAGGGUGGCAAAAAUGAUCAACCCUCUAAUCAAUUCAGCCUCAUCAGACAAAAGCGAGAAUGGAUCGUUCCACCAGCUGUCAUUCAGGAAGGGGUGGACAACUCCAAGAGGAAUCCAAUUGCUAGAAUUCGAUCAGAUUUUGAGGAUUCUAGUAUAAUUACAUACAAAAUUUCUGGCCCAGGAGUGACAGAACCACCUUAUGGACUGUUUGUUAUCAAUAAGAGAACUGGAGAACUGAACAUAACAGGAAUAGUUGACCGAGAACAAACUCCAAUGUUUUGGCUUAAAGGUCAGGCAUUCGAUGAAAGUGGUCACGAGUUGGAAAAUGCACUAGACCUCAGAAUUAAAGUUUUAGAUAUAAAUGACAACUUUCCAGUGUUUUCCCAGGAAAUUUUUGUUGGCUCUGUGGAAGAGUUAAGUGAAGUAGGUACACUUGUGAUGAAAAUAAAUGCAACAGAUGCAGAUGAUCCAACCACUCCAAAUGCCAAGAUUGCCUUUAAGAUUGUUCAAGAUGCUAGUCAGCCCCUUCCAUUCCACAUUAACAAAGCUACUGGUGAGGUUACAGCAUGGUUAAGCCUUGACAGAGAGGAAAAAAGUAGCUACCAUUUGACUGUAGAAGCAAAAGACCGGGAUGGAGCUGGAAAUGCUCAACAGUGCACUGCCCAGAUCAAGAUUGUAGAUGUUAAUGACAAUCUGCCUGUCCUUGAAAAGGAGGUGUACGAAGGAAGUGUUGAAGAAAAUACAGCAAACAUGGAAGUUAUGCGAAUAAAAGUGUUCGACAGAGAUGAAGAAUUCUCCGAUAAUUGGCUGGCAAACUUUACAAUUACCUCUGGAAAUGAAGGUGGUUAUUUCCAUAUAGAAACAGAUACCCAGACAAAUGAAGGAAUUGUGAUGCUUAUAAAAGAGAUCAAUUAUGAGGAAUUGCAGAAUGUAAAAAUGAGCAUUGUUGUUACAAAUAAAGCAGAAUUUCACAAAUCAAUUAAAAAUAGCUACAAAGCAAAAUCAAUUCCAAUCAAUAUUAAAGUAAAAAAUGUACCAGAAGGCCCUGUAUUCAAGCCCAACACAUUGACAAUUGAAGCAAAUGAGACUAUGAGCAUAAACCAGAUUAUUGCAACAUAUCGAGCCUAUGAUGAAGACACAGGAAAAAUAGCACAACAUAUCAAGUAUGCCAAAAGCAAUGAUAUAUAUAAUUGGUUCAACGUAAAUUCUGCUACAGCUGAAAUCACGCUUAUUAAAGUACCUGAUUAUGAGUUGCUUUCCACAGUCAAUGGUACCUAUGUUGUCACUGUACUGGCCAUAACUGAUGGUUUUGUUAAGAAAACAGCCACUGGUACCAUUGUUCUUCAGGUUAAAGAUGACAAUGAUAAUUGUCCUACUAUUGUGAAUCCAGAGCAAACUGUGUGUUCAAAUAUAAAGUUCAUCAAUGUUACAGCUGUAGAUAGAGAUGCUUAUCCAAAUAGUUCCCCCUUCACUUUUAGUGUUAUUGAUGAACCUGAAGGAAUGGUAAACAAAUGGGUGAUUGGAUCCAUAAAUGAAACUAGCAUUCAGCUGGUGCCACAAAAUUUAAAACCUGGCAAGAGUGAAGUUCAGCUCUUAGUGCAAGAUCAUCAAGGAUUCAGCUGUCCUGAAAAACAAAUCCUUAAAUUGAGCGUUUGUACAUGUGUGGAGGGUGGCAGCUGCCGGGAUGCACUAAUUGGUUCAUCUGUUGUACUGGGACCUGGAGCAAUUGCACUAAUAAUUUUGGCACUUUUAUUAUUGUUGCUUGUGCCACUCUUAUUGUUGCUCUGCCAUGGGAGAGCAGGUCCUAAAGGAUUCACAGCAAUACCUGACAGUAGUGAAGAGAUGCUGCGGAAAUGGAACAGUGAAGGAGCAGCACCUGAAGAUAAGGCAGUCUUAAACCUUGUUGCACCCAUUGCAACAAACGGCACAGCACUAAACAUGGGCAGUGGAGCUGGAGCAGCGAUGAGUGCAGGGGCUGCUGCUGCUGGAGGAGGCAGUUCCACAUCCAACAUGAGAGAGCAUUACAGUGGCGUUAACAUGGGUGAUGGGAAAUGGGAGGAGCAGAGACAUCUUCUUUCAGCUGCCGGUUAUGGAGCCAUGGCUGCUGGAGGCACUGGAAUCAUGGCAGCCAGAGGGGCUGAAGCCAUGGCAGCUGGCAGAACCAUGAAAAUGGCAUCUGGGGAGUCCAUGCCAAUGAGAGCUGGAGAGUUCAUGGCAACGGGAGCUGGAGGGACCUUGAAUGAAGAGUUUUUGAGAGAGUACUUCAAUGAUAAAGCCUGCUCCUUUGCUGAAGAAGAUGAAGUUCAACCAGCAAAAGACUGUCUCCUACUUUACUCUCAGGAAGAGGCAGGCUCCUCUCAUGGUUCUAUUGGCUGCUGCAGCUUCAUUGAGAGCGACUUGGAUGACCAUUUUCUGGAUGAUUUAGGAGAUAAAUUUAAGAUCCUAGCGGAUAUAUGCAUGGGCAGCAUUCAGCACACUCCUCAGGUGGUGCAAGACAGAAAAUCUAGUCCAGCAGUGAAUGCAUCAGGCUUACGUCUUAAUGAUGCAUUGCCACACCUCUUAGAUCAACAAAAGGCGUUCAGUUCAGAGCAGACGUAUGCUUCAGGCGGUAGCUUCCAACUACAUGACCCUGUGCCAAGGGUUAGUGGCUUAGGUUCAGAAGCUUUCAGUCAGAAGACAGUCACUGAAACAUCAUAUGAGUCCAGGCCUGGUCCGCAAUACAUCACACCUGUUCCUAAUCCAGUAGCUAACAGAAAUGUUAGAGUGACAGAAACAUCCUAUGCUGCUGGCCCCACUGUGCAACCCACCACAGUAAUGCUUGAUCAUCCAUUUGAUGAGAGUGUUGUGGUGACAGAAAGAGUACUUGCACCUGCUUCCCAUAUGCAAGGCAUGAUAGAAGUCCCUAAUUUGCCCCAUGAAAACAAUAUUGUGGUAACAGAAAGGCUGAUCAAGUCAGAUGGCACAAUGCCUGGAGUCCUCCAAGUUCAAGACUUCCCAGAUUCACAGUAUGUUGUUGUGAGAGAGAGAGAGAGGCUGCUUGUACCUAGUUCAGAACUCAAGGGCUCUUUAAGCAUUCCCAGUUUCUCAGAAGGACAAAAUGUGGUGGUGUCUGAAAGGGUACUCGCACCCUCCUCAGGUCUACAAGCUAGCUACACAAUGCCAAUUGAGGUUUCAGGGAUACAAAGUGCAGUUUCUGGAGUUGGAAGCCAGGAGCAUGUACUAAUCUCUGAUCAUCUGCUUAACCACAGAGGGUUAAAUUCAGAGGGGACAUUUCCCUCCAGUUCUCCUCUAAGCAAGACCUCCAAGGUCACAAAAUAUAGCACUGUACAGUAUACCCGUUCAUAA